CGCAUGUGGGAUGCGUGUGCUACGUGCACUUCGACGCGCGCGAUUUCUCUCAUCUUCUUCUCACAUAUCGACCUUUCUGCAUCCACGUGAACAUAAAUGGCCAUGAAGACGUCACCCAAUCCAGCAAAGAACAUCCGCAUCUUCAAAAACGGCGACUUUAACUCAUCGGCACGAAGAUUCGUCAUCAAUGAUCGUUACGCGCGAAAUUUCGACGCCUUCUUGAACCAGGUGACGACAGGACUGCGUCCACGGUUUGGUGCUGUCCGUAACCUCUACACACCGGAUCACGGAACGAAGAUCAGUAAACUGGAACAGCUGCGAUCUGGUGCUGACUACGUGGCUGGCGGGACGGAGAGAUUUCGGGCGUCUACGUUUGUUAGAGCUCGUGGAAAGUUGAAGGAGAUGGGAUACAAGGACAUAACAAGUGAUAGAGGCAUUCAUCAUGAACAGUCGAAGAUUCAGAAGAAGCCAAUUGUUGUUGUGUCAGCACGACUGCACAAGUUCGAAAGGACACCAACCAUAAUACAUGUUUUUCGUAAUGGGGACGAGCUGUUUAAAGGUGUAAAGUUUGUACUCUCACGGAGAGAUCUUCAUAAUUGGGACCAGCUAAUGACAGCAAUUGGAGAGAAAAUACAACUACGAACCGGAGCCGUAAGGAAAUUGUACUCGCUUGAUGGACAUUGUGUAUCACAAGUCACUAAUGGAAGUAAAUAUGUUGCAGUCGGAACAGACAGGUUCAAGAAGCUCCCAUACUCAGCAGAGAACAACUUGUUGGUAAUUGGACCAGGACCAACAGUUAGACGAGAAGCACAGGCUACUAAAAAGCAGGUUAUUGUUCAUCAUUUCUCAAAGCAAUCGACUGUUACCAGACUAAGUGUUGAGAGAAAACUGGAAAUUAUGAACAAGGACACGUCGUCACAGAAAGGAAAGAAGUCUUCAGUCAGAGGGCAGAAAAUUGAACCAGCAAUACUGACUGAACGAGUGCAACUGAGAGAGACUAAGAAACUGACUCAACAAAGAAUGAAAGCUUCUGUACAACAACGUAUUAGGUCUCCAGUCACAGGACCUGAAGAAUUCACAAGGGAUGUGCCAUCAAGUGUCUCUAGUUUGAAAUCAACUCACAGUCAUGGCCAAACUCCGGAAUUGUUUCAAGUAGAUAGCAGUGAGUCACUGAAUGAUAACAGUGAAACAGUACUCAGACGUUCCUCCAGAGAUAUUGAAGCUAAAAAUAGUGUAUUUAGUGCUACAGAGGAAAGUGAACAGCAAGUUGAAACAGUUGUGGAAUCAGAAGACAUGCAAGUCGAGAAGACAGUUGACAUGAUAGAGGCCGUUGAGGUAGACGACAUGGUAAUAGACGAAGAGAAAAACCAGGAGAUCACAGACAAUACGGCCAGUCAACAGAGACCAGCCAGUUGGAGUGGAGACAGUCGCAAACUCAAACAGGCAAGACCAACAUCAAAGACGUCAAGCGAACACAGCGACGAUCAUGUUGCCACAAACGUUGACGAAUCAUCAUCACACAGAGACGUACCAAAUGCUCAAAUACCAGAGACGGACGAAAUCCCAAACGAAACUGAAGUUCCAGAUGACAAGGAAAUUUCAGAUGCUACAGAGACUGCCAAUGCAGGAAUCUCGGAUCAGGCAAAAUUUUCAGAGAACACCAUGACUGAACAUAACACAGAAAUCCUGGAUAAUACGGUUAAUAUCAACAAUAGUGCUGACACCCAUGGUGUAAGAGAGGAGGAUGCGUUGUUGGAUGCCAGAGAAACCCCGGUUGUAGCAAACGAGGUGAAACCCGAGACUAUUGAGAGAACCGUUAGUGUAGAACAUGCGAACGACAAAGAAACAAACGAAGAAGUUGAAACAAAGAACGUUCAAGACGUCGAGAGAGGAGACACGGAGGCGCCACCACCCAAUGACUAGAGAAGGCUUUGCUAUCUAAUGAUGAAUAUUAGAGACUCGAUUAGUGUUUCGUAGUGACCCAUUGGUAUUGUGCUGUAUGCAUACCCUUUAGUUGAAAUUCAGCCGUCAUAAGUUAUUUUAUCAUGAAUAAAUAGGAAACAGUUAGCUGUUUCGAUAAGUUUUACAUGGCAAAGCUUGUGCUUGUCGGUGGUCUCACAGUUAGACAAAAAUUCACACAACAUGGCGGACGACGUUUGAGUUUGGGAAAACUGGUGGUAUGGUUGGUACUAGAUGAUUCGGGGUGUAUUUGAUGUUUUGUCAAAAUUGUAAAUGUGCGUGUGUUUGCUGUGAAUUGUGAGAGAAGUACAUUAGGUAGGCAUAUAAAUGAGUUGG